UCGUUUGUCAUCACGCGAUCCAAUUCCUCACAAUUUGCAAUCAUUUCACUGCAAAUCUUUGUUAUGUGUUAUUCGUUUGUCAUCACGCGAUCCAAUUCCUCACAAUUUGCAAUCAUUUCACUGCAAAUCUUUGUUAUAGGCAGCGGUCGUAAAGUCAAAUCUCUUGACGAUAUAAAACACAAGAAUCGAGAGAUGAUAGACUUGUUGCGUGAGUUAGAUUCUCCAUUGACUAGCAAUGAGAGUGCCGUCAGAAGACGCAAAUCGGGCGCAGGUGUUAAGCAUCGACCCAAUUGUUUGCCAACUCUAUCUUCACUUCAUUCGCACACUUCCUCUUCAAUCAAAAAGAAUAAAAGUAUGAAAGUUAUGAUGAGUUCGAGUAAACCAAUCAAAACCACGACACAGACUAUACGAUUAGGGGAUCAGGAUUUCUCACAGCUCUUCUCUCAGGCAAAGAGCGGAUCAUCGGUUGUGGUCAACAAAGAGACCGUCGAAGACAACGCCGAUCUUCAGAAUCUCUCGUUUCAACAGAAAGUAAAAAUGUUUUUCGUUCUUCUCAUGAUUCCGUCCGGUCUUUACCUCUUCAAUAAUAGCAGUAAAUUUAAAUCAGACGACAACUCAAACAUCCAAUUCAAUCAUAUGGGAGUUCCCAUAUCGGGAAUUCCCGGUCAAUUUCCCGGCGCUUAUCCGGGAGGUUAUCAAAAUGGAGUGCCGGGAGGUUAUGGUGGAGGCUAUCCGGGACACGGAUUCCCCGGACGGGACGGUAGACCUAACUUUCACGACAGAUCGCGAGGACAUUACGAUCCGGGAGAUGCCAUUCGAGAGCAUAUCGAGCGAUUGAAUAAUAGACAUCGCGAGCCCCCACACAGACGGCGAAGACAUGCGAAUCCAUUUGAGGACAGAGCUGAAGAGAUGAAUCCCGAACAUAAUCCGGACUACAAUCCCGAACACAAUCCGGACUACAAUCCCGAACACAAUCCGGACUACAAUCCCGAACACAAUCCGGACUACAAUCCCGAACACAUGAAUCCGCAUCACAACGAAGACAUUGAAAGGCAAUUCAUGAAUCAAAUGCCAGAAACAGAGCGUAAAGAAGAGCCCAAAGAAGAGCCAAUUGAAAAGAAAGAUGACUUUUCUAAGAAUAGCGCAGAAACUAAUCAAAACUUGAAUGAAAAGCCAAUUGAAAUGAACCAAAAUGAAGCCAAAGCGCCGGAACCACAGGUAAAUAUUGGGACAAUUAAUCCCAUUAUGCAAACAAGAAAUUCUGGAGAAAUGACAAACGGGAAAGAGUUUAAGACAAUUCUGUUGUGGACACCGAUUGAUGAAUCAGUAAAAGAAGGCAAUCAGGCAUUCAUUGACGGGAAAUUCAUUAUUGGAUAA